CAUGUCAUUAACACCAACUGCUCGGCCGUGCGCACCCGCCAGGCGCUCUGCUGCAAGAUGUCAGUGGAGUAUGACAAGUUCAUCGAGUCUGGGCGCAAGUGGUUCUGCCACGUGGAUGAUGACAAUUACGUGAAUCCCGAAGGCUUGCUGCAUCUACUGUCUGCCUUUUCACCCAGCCAAGACAUCUACUUGGGGCGGCCUAGCCUGGACCACCCCAUCGAGGCCACCGAGAGGGUCCAGGGAGGCGGAACUGUGACCAGAGUCAAAUUCUGGUUUGCUACCGGGGGGGCUGGGUUCUGCCUCAGCAGAGGCCUUGCCCUCAAGAUGAGCCCGUGGGCCAGCCUGGGCAGCUUCAUGAGCACAGCUGAGAGAGUGCGGCUGCCCGAUGACUGCACAGUGGGCUACAUCGUGGAGGGGCUGUUGGGCGCCCGCCUGCUACACAGCUCCCUCUUCCACUCCCACCUGGAGAACCUGCAGAGACUGCCACCUGACACGGUGCUCCAGCAGGUCACCUUGAGCUAUGGGGGUCCUGAGAACCCACGUAAUGUGGUGAACGUGGCCGGAGGCUUCAGCCUGCAGCAGGACCCCACGCGGUUUAAGUCUGUCCACUGCCUUCUCUACCCCGACACGGACUGGUGUCCUGUGCAGAAGCGGGGAUGACCUCACCUCUUGGUGAACACAGCCUGUGACCUGGGGCAGGCUCUGGCUCUGCACCUGUCCCAGGGGCGGGGAGCAGCGUCAGUGCCUCACGUGGCUCCCUCAGGCCACUAAGGCCACCGCUACCAUCACCACCACCUCCAGUGAGAUGCGGGUACCCGGCAGACACUCAGCUGGCCUGCAGGCCCCCGGAACAUCCUCUUGGUGGGCCUGGACGACCAGGUGUUUAGAGAUAGCGAGGAUGGCCAGGCUCUGAAUUUUGGAUCACUCCAGGGAAGACAGGAAGGGCUGGUGCUACAGAGGGGCCCUUGACGCCCUUUCUCCCAGCCGGGCCCCAGAAGGUUGCUCCACAAGAAGAGGUCUCCACCCUCACGUCUGCAUGCCCGGGAGGGAGCCGCCCUCCUUACCGUGCUGGAGACGAGGUGCUGGGCAGGCCUGGGUUCUGCCUGUGAUCUUUCAGGCCCAACUGGGGGCUGUUGCAAGGGCUUUGCCCAGCAGGUAUCCUGGGGAACGCCACCUUCCCCACCGCAGUCAAGCUGGGUGCUGCGGGCACAGCUGUGUCCCUAGACCAGGCGCUCCAUAGGAGGCCUCCAAACUGGGGGCCUUGAAAACCCCUCUCCACCUUGACUCGGUGUUCAGGACUUUCCACUCUGAGCCUCGCUUUCCCCUCCACCAGGUCCAUAAAACAGCAGGAGCUUUUUGUUUGGGCCCUCCGCAGGACUGAGACCACCCUCUGGGCCCCACCUGGCCCUGACUGAUGCCUUCCGUGUGGGGAACGGAAUGGGGGAGCCGACCCCUUCUCUCUGCCCCUUGCCGUGCUACUGCAGUCAGCCAGUAAAGACUUCCCAGUUUCUGUGU